UCUCAUAUACCUUGGCAGCAAUUAAGAAUUUGCCCUGAAGGCAUAAGAAUGAAGCUGAUGAGAGCAUCAGGAAAUGAAAAGUUUAUAACAUGCCGAGACGUCUUCGCCGUGAUAUGGUGCUGAUUGGGAUAAAGUGGGCCUACCUUUAUUACAUCACAGCAGCGUUUAUGGCUAUAUUCUGCAUCGACUCCUCCUGCCUCUGUGACGCACAAAGAACCGCAUCAGAUGGAAUGCCAGCAUAGUUUCGAGCGUUUGUUUAGUCUUCUUUUGCUGCUGAAUUCACUCACAUUGAGUUUCCCACGUCGGCGGCAUUCCACACAAAGAUACCCUCGGUCAAGACCGACUAUUGUCGGAUCAUUGUACUACAACAGAUUUCAAGCUCUCGCUCCAAGGCAAGUUCGUUGCGAUCCUACAAAUUGUUCCGAAUGCAAUCUCUUAAACGGGUGCCUCAAAUGUAGACCCAAGUGGUUCAUAUUAAUAGAAAAGCUGGGCUCAAGAGAAAUCGGUCGCUGUUACGAAACUUGCCCAAGUGGAUAUUACCACAAAAGAUCAAAUGUUACAAUCAGUACUUGUUUGAAAUGCCCUGGGAACUGUACUUCAUGCUUCGGCAAUUUUUGUUUACACUGCAAUGCAGGAUAUUACCGGCAGUCAAACGGAAAAUGCAAAAAAGUCAAGUGCCGAGUAAAGUGUCAUGUUAGGAAAAACGAAACUCGGAGGUGCCCCGGUGGUGGAUUUUACGGCCGGAAACGAUAUCUGUCGAAAAGCAAAGCGUGUAGGAAAAGAAAAAGAACGUGCUGUGGCAGAAAGAGAAGAACUAUUUGUCGCCGAAAUAGGAAUGGCAGAAAAAGGAAGCGAGGGAGAAAAACAAUUAAAAGAUGCAAUAAUGAUACUAAGAGCCACAGCAAUAGACAACGCGAAAACAGACCUUGCGUGAACUGCUCGUUUUUUUCUCGAAAAUUGACGCCAACGACAAUAUCUUCCGCCUCCAACAGGUCAUGAUUUGACGAGGAGUGUUGGUCCUUCUUGCGAGAAUGUUCUUUCUAUAUUAUUGUUAUUGCCUUUUAGUGGUUUCCGUGCGCGUUAUACAGUAUUUUAUUGUCAUCGUUACUUUAUUUUCUAUUUUCGCUCAUCGAUCAUGUUGUUUGCGUUCGACCCGGGAAAUAUGUUUCCGCAACAGCCGGCCCAGUUACCGCAGUCCUGUUUGCAGGGUUGCCUUCGAACGGCCAAAUUCUCGCUCACCUUAAUCCUUUCAAUGCAAACAACAAGAUAUGCGCAGUUCAUCGGCAACACUCACCGCUAAGUGCAGAUUAUCUUCAAAUCACAAUCUCUGUGUUUCCGAGGCUGGGCGAGGACGUCUCCCUCCAAUACAAAUUCUAUUGCGCCCGCUAAAUAUCUCAAGCCAGGCUCUUCUGUCGGGAGAUUUUAUCCAAACAGCUCCCACUCCAACACUGCCCUGUCAUCAGCAACCGUGUCGCCCCGAAAAGCGACGGGGAGCACCUUAUGCGUCGUUCGAGUUUUCUUCGAAAUAAAAAGUAUGUUUGUUUUUUUA